AUGGGGGGAGGGGAAGACACGGAGUUGGGCGGCAAGGUGAACUGUGACGGCGGACUCAAAGUGAAGCACGAUGGUCCCUCCGGGAACAGCUCGGAGAACGUCGCCGCCGCGGGCUCGGGAUCGCAUCAGAGGGAGAAGAAUCAGGGCACGAAGGUCGUCCCCUACAGCAAGCUCUUCUCCUUGGCCGAUUCCACGGACAUUGCCCUCAUGGUUCUCGGGACCAUCGGAGCUCUGGCGAACGGCGUUUCCAUGCCGCUGAUGACUCUCCUGUUCGGGAACCUGACAGACUCCUUUGGGGAGGCAGCGGGCAUCAAUGACGUCGUCCGCAGGGUCUCCAAGGUGGGUAACGAAGCCAUCCCUGCGGCUGAUAUUCCUCUCUUUCUCAGCUCCUCAUUGGUCGAUUUAUCCGUAGGUCUCUCUCCAAUUUGUUUACCUGGCCACCGGCGCUGGCGUCGCCUCUUUCCUCCGUAAGUUCCCUCCCUUCCUCUGAGGUCAGUAGAACACUUAAAUCUUCUCCGUCCGGCAGCGGAGGUGGUGACGCCGUUUCUUUCCUCUUCUCCUUCUUUUUCUUCGGGGUCUGUCUGUGACAGAGGUGACCUGCUGGAUGGUCACCGGCGAGAGGCAGGCGGCGAGGAUCAGGAAUAUGUACUUGAAGGCCAUCUUGAGGCAGGAGAUCGGCUUCUUCGACAAGGAGACGAACACGGGGGAAGUCGUCGGUAGGAUGUCCGGAGACACCGUCUUUAUCCAAGACGCCAUGGGAGAGAAGGUGGAGUUCUGGUCCAUUAAAGAUCUUCUUCUUCUUCUUCAGCUGGUGCUGCUGCUGCUUCUCCUUCUCCUGCUUCUUCUGCCCUGAAGGUUCCCCCUGUCCAUCCUCUGCGUUUCAGGUGGGCAAGUUCAUCCAGCUGAUGUCAACAUUUGUCGGGGGAUUCGUGAUAGCGUUCGUCCAGGGAUGGCUCCUCACCCUCGUCAUGCUCUCCACCAUCCCACCUCUCGUGGUAGCCGGCGCAGCCAUGGCCACGAUCAUCGUGAGGUUGGCCUCUCGCGGACAGACGGCCUAUGCCGAGGCGUCGGUGAUCAUCGAGCAGACAAUCGGCGCCAUAAGAACGGUGAGUAGCACCACCACCACCCUCAGCGGCGUAAUGAGUACAGUGAGGAUAGAUUUUCUUCAUCCAUCCUUCUCACUGAGUGUUGUGUGCGCACAGGUAGCCUCCUUCACCGGCGAGAAACUAGCCCUGGAGAAGUACAGCAAGUCGCUGAGGGCUUCAUACAAGGCCAGCUGCCAGGAGGGCCUCAGCGCCGGCGCCGGCCUCGGCGCCGUCUUAGGCAUCAUGCUCUUCGGCUACGCUUUGGGCAUCUGGUACGGGGGGAAGCUGAUACUGGACAAGGGGUACUCCGGCGGAGACGUCAUCAACGUCAUCUUCGCCAUCUUGACCGCCUCUAUGUGAGCCGCCCAUCUUCCUUUCUGCAUGCCCGCCCCCCGUCCUCCUUCCUUUCUCGCUCAUAGCACCUGGUUUUUCUCUGGUCGACUGCCUGCUGGAAAUGAAGCUCGCUAGGACAGGCGUCGCCGUGCAUAAGCGCAUUCGCGGCUGGGAAGGCUGCGGGGUUCAAGAUGUUCGAGACGAUCGAGAGGAAGCCGGAGAUCGACACGUACGACGAGGGGGGGAGGACGCUGGAGGACCUCCGGGGGGACGUCGAGCUGAAGGACGUGCACUUCAGCUACCCUGCACGCCCGGAGGAGCCGAUCUUCACCGGCUUCUCUCUCGUUAUCCCGAGCGGGACGACCACCGCCCUGGUCGGGCAGAGCGGCAGUGGGAAGUCGACGGUGGUCAGUCUGAUCGAGCGGUUCUACGACCCACAGUCCGGCGCCGUGCUCAUCGACGGCGUCGACCUCCGGGACUUGCAGCUGCGGUGGAUCCGGGGGAAGAUUGGGCUGGUGGGCCAGGAGCCCGCACUCUUCACCGCCAGCAUCCGGGACAACAUCGCCUACGGCAAAGACAGCGCCACCAUCGAGGAGAUCCGGGCCGCCGCCGAGCUCGCCAACGCGGCCAAGUUCAUCGACAAGAUGCCCCAGGUCAGAGCUGACGUCUUCUUCUUCUUCGUCAUCAUCAUUAUCAUCAUCAUCAUCAUCCUCAUCUUCUUCUUCCGCAGGGGCUGGAGACGAUGGUGGGGGAGCACGGGACGCAGCUCUCCGGCGGGCAGAAGCAGCGGGUGGCCAUCGCCAGGGCGAUCCUCAAGAACCCGCGCAUCCUCCUCCUAGACGAGGCGACGAGCGCGCUCGACGCAGAGUCGGAGCACAUCGUGCAGGAGGCGCUGGACCGGGUCAUGAGGGACCGCACCACCGUCAUCGUCGCCCACCGCCUCAGCACCGUCAGGAACGCCGACAACAUCGCCGUGGUCCAGCGGGGACGCAUCGUCGAACAAGGUACGCCGUCGUCUCAUCCGCCUGCUCCUCUGAAACCCGGUUGGUUUCGCCGUCGAUGGCGCCGGAGUGUGACGGUGGUCGGCGCCUCUGCGCAGGGUCACACGAGGAGCUGCUCAAGGACUUGGAGGGGGCAUACUCCCAGCUCAUCCGCCUGCAGGAGACGGCGAAGCAGGAGCCGUACGCCUAUCAGAGGAGCGCGUCGUCGACGGAGAUCCGCCGGCAGUCGAGCCAGAUCCGACGGUCCAUUAGCCGGGGAUCCUCGACCGGAAACACCAGCGCUCACUCCUUUUCGGUGCCCUUCGUCGUGGCGGUCGGGGUCGGAAUUUACGACGACGAAGCGCCCGGGGAGGGGAAGCCGCCGGCAGAGCUCGACGGCGAGCUGUCGUCGCCCGCCCCCGAGCCGCCGUCCGUCUACCGCCUUGCUGCCAUGAACAAGCCGGAGAUCCCGGUUCUGCUGCUUGGGGUGGUCUCCGCAUCGGUGGCCGGUGUCAUAAUGCCGAUAUUCGGGCUGCUGCUGGGUAGCAUCAUCGAGACGUUCUACAAGCCGGCCGCCGAGCUGAAGAAGGACACAAGGUUCUGGGCUCUGAUGUUCACCGUCCUCGGGCUGGUCUCCCUCGUCGUCUACCCGGCGAGGACUUACUUCUUCGCGCUGGCGGGGGGCCGGCUGAUCAAGAGGAUCAGGAUAAGGACCUUCGAGAAGGUGCUCACUAUGGAAGUUGCUUGGUUCGACGAACCGGCGAACUCGAGCGGCGAGAUCGGCGCGAGGCUCUCGGCGGACGCUGCAACGGUCCGGAGCCUCGUCGGCGACGCGCUCGCUCUGGUGGUCGAGAACCUGGCGACCUUGUUGGCCGGCCUGAUCAUCGCGUUCGUGGCCAACUGGCAGCUCUCCCUCAUCAUCCUGGGUUUGCUACCGCUGAUUGGUCUCAACGGCUGGGUUCAGAUGAAGUUCAUCCAGGGUUUCAGCGCCGACGCAAAGGUACUCCUCUUCCUCCUCCUCCUCAUCAUCUUCUUCUUCUUCCGAGAUGAUGAUGAUCAUCUUUUUUUUUCUUGUGCCAGAUGAUGUACGAGGAGGCAAGCAAGGUGGCGAACGAUGCCGUGGGAAGCAUACGGACGGUGGCUUCGUUCUCUGCGGAAGAGAAGGUGAUGGAGCUCUACAAGAAGAAGUGUGAGGCCCCACUGAAGGCGGAGAUUCGGCAGGGCCUGAUCAGCGGGAUCGGCUUCGGGCUCUCCUUCUUCCUCCUCUUCUGCGCCUACGCAACCAUCUUCUACGCCGGCGCCAAGUUCGUCGAGGACGGCAAGACCACCUUCCCGGACGUCUUCAAGGUGACAACCGAUCCCCGGCGGCGCCCCUAG